AUGAACAAUAAAUUCGACAAUCGAGAUUCUUAUUCGAGAUGGGCACGAAGAACGAUUUUAGUUCUUAUGUCUAUAACUUCUGGAAAUGCAAAGAAGUGGGAAAUUGAACUGGCAACCCUGAAAAGCAACAACUUGAGGCUGACUGCCGCGUUACAGGAGAGCACGGCGAAUGUUGACGAAUGGAAGCGACAACUCCACCAAUAUAGGGAGGAAGUGGCUAGAGCGAGACAGUAUGCUGGAAAAGGUGGUGAUGCGAAUGAAGUCGAGCAGAUGCGACAGCGCAUCGCCCAGUUAGAAGCGGAGUUGGCACAGAAGAAUGAAGAAUUGGCACAAACCAUGAAGUCUAAGAAAAGUGAACAGGAUGCAGAAGCGAAAAUGGCCCACAGCCAACUGGAGUUAGCUCUGGCUGCAAAGGACGGACAAAGGCAGGUCGUACAAGAGCUGAACAAUCGGCUUUCGCGCCAAAUUGAGGAAUUGUCAACGAUCCACCGCGAAAUAAACACGGCUCUACAAACAUGA